UAUUAGUAAAAUUAUGGACUGCGGACAUGCAUAGCGCAGAAUGAUUAUAAAAGAUUGUGUAGAGAGUGUGGCGUGUCAAUCAAUCAAUCGUGUAGUUCUGUGCCUGCACAGGUUUUUUUUUUUUUUUUUUUCCUAAGUAAACCACUUUGGAUUGUGUCGCCUCCUCUCACUUCUGUGAUUGAUUUCAUGAGGGUAAUGGUGCGUAAAAGCGCUGGUGAGAUCUGGGGGCGCCUCCUAGUCUGACGUCAGAGAAAGAGUUUAAAAGGAGGGGGGAGCUAGUGGAGAGCAGGCAAGCCGCCUUAGGAGUCGCCAGGUUCGGAACCUUCGCUGCUGCCUGCGAAUCAGACUUGCUCCAGCGCUCCUCGCUGGGCUUCCGGGCGCCGAGAUGCUGUCCUGCCGCCUCCAAUGCGCGCUGGCCGCGCUCUCCAUCGUCCUGGCUCUAGGCUGCGUCAGCGGCGCGCCCUCGGACCCUCGACUUCGCCAGUUUCUCCAGAAGUCCCUGGCAGCUGCCGCGGGAAAGCAGGAACUGGCCAAGUACUUCUUGGCUGAGCUGCUGUCUGAACCCAACCAGACAGAGAAUGAUGCCCUUGAACCUGAAGAUCUGUCCCAGGCUGCUGAGCAGGAUGAGAUGAGGCUGGAGCUGCAGCGAUCUGCUAAUUCAAACCCAGCCAUGGCACCCCGAGAACGCAAAGCUGGCUGCAAGAAUUUCUUCUGGAAGACUUUCACAUCCUGUUAGCUUCAUUAUUGUCACCCAUGUAAGACCUAUGAGUCCUUUCCUCCAGAUCCCAUUUCUCUCCCCUAACUUCCCCCAGACCCCAAUAAGACCCUUGCAUUAGGAAUUGAUGACUGUAAAUACAAAAUAAAAUUAUGGAAAACAAGAA